AUGGAAGUGCUGAAUCCGAAGCAAACAAUCAUUACGAACGCAGAGCUGUUGCGGCUGCUACAGGAACGGCGAGAGCAACAAUGCGAUUUGCCCAGCAAGCAACGAUCCAAAGUUCUUGGAACCCUCAUUUACGAGGUAUAUUUUUUCUAUCACUCAUUUAUACCUCAUAUCUCUUAUUACAGAAGACGGGGGGAGGAGGAUCAUGUACAAUUCCAACAGGACGAUGUGUACAGGACUUUUGUAACUGUGGGCAUUUUGCGCCAAGAAGUUUUGGCAGAGAAAAUUAUUAUCUUAGAAACCGCGAAAGUUGGGAAUCUGAAAUUUUAA